AUAAAAUUGCACAGAAGUCAAAAUAGCUGAAGCCACUCGGUCUUUCACUCGUACAUCAAAUACAAAUAACAUGAGACCAUUACUGCUGUUGAUCCUCAUUUGUCACAUUUCAUCACCAGUCAAACACUCCCUGAAGUAUUUCCUGACUGGGUCUUCUGGACUCCCAAACUUUCCGGAGUUUGUUGGCGUCUCUUUUGUUGAUGAUGUUGUGGUGGGUUCCUGUGACUCCGACAAAACAACACCGGAAGCGACACAGGACUGGAUGAUAAAGUUAUUCAAACACAAUCCUCAGCUAUUUGAGAUCUAUGACCAAAUGUGUUUGUUAAUUCUGCCCAACCUCUUUAAAGUCACGAUUUUUACCUUGACACGGCGCCUCAACCAAAGUGGAGGUGUCCAUGUUUUGCAGAAUAUGAACGGCUGUGAGUGGGAUGAUGAGACCGGAGAGAUGACUGGAUUUAACCAGUACAGUUAUGAUGGAGAAGACUUGAUAUCAUUUGACCCGAAGACACUGACAUGGGUCACUCAAAAAUCACAGGCUUUCAGCACCAAACUGAACUGGGAUGCUGACAAAGCAAGAAUAAAACAAAUUGAAUAUGAUGUGAUUCAGAUGUGCAAUGAGCGACUGAAGACACAUUUGGCUUAUGGGGAGCGCUCUCUGCUGAGAACAGAUCUUCCCUCAGUGUCUCUCCUCCAGAAGACUCCCUCCUCUCCAGUCAGCUGCCACGCUACAGGUUUCUACCCUGAGAGAGCCACACUCAGCUGGAGGAAAGAUGGAGAGGAGCUUCAUGAGGACGUGGAGCUCGGAGAGAUCCUCCCCAACCACGAUGGAUCCUUCCAGAUGAGUGCUGAGCUGAAGCUUUCAUCAGUCACACCUGAAGACUGGAGCAGGUUCACCUGUGUGUUUCAGCUCUCAGGUGUGAAGGAGGACAUCGUCACCAAACUGGACAAAGCACACAUCAGGACCAACUGGGUUCCUCCCUCAGAGUUUCCUACUGGUGCAGUUGUUGGAGUUGUUGUAGGACUUCUGCUGCUGACACUCUGCAUCUGUGGACUCCUCAUGUGGAGAAGGAACAGGACUGAAACCACACACACAGACACACACCUACAGGCCUAAACAACCAGCAGAGACAGUCCUGUGCACUUUUUCAAACUACCUGUCAAUAAACUUUAUUGGACUGUUAGUGAUGUGAUCGGUCACUUCAGUGGUGAGAACUGAUGUUGCUGUCCAGCUUUUUCUACUGUUUCUGCACCUUAUUGGACAUUAAAGAAAAACAAGGACAAUGUCUGGAUGAGUUUAUAUUGUGAGGCUGUCAUUGGUCUCUGAAGAUUCUGACCAAGUCCAGUUAUGGGAGACAAACUCACUCCAAGCCUUAAAGUGUGUGUGUGUGUGACAAGUUGUGUGUACGUUAACACAGAUAUGACUUACGGUGCUUCACAAACUAAUAUAUGAGAUGUUUAUUCAUUUUUGAGUUCAUUAAUCUUUAGUUUAUGUCUGCUGAUUUGACACAGACUUUCCGCUGCAGAUUAAAAGUCUUUUUCUGGACUGUUUGUUGGAUUUACUGUUUGUUAAAGUGGACUUGAUGCAGUUUCACAGUUUGUUUCUGACCUCACAGCUCCUGACGAUAACUCUGAGGCCUCUGAGAACCUGAAUCCAAGACCUGAUUGUCAGUCGCCCUCACUGAGUUCCCUCAUGUGACAUGUAUCACACUGUACAACACGACAAACUAAAUGAGACGAACAUUUGCUUGCUGUUACAUAACUGAAUGAAUAGUUGUGAUUCAUAUGGUUUGAUGGAUGGAUUCAACAUUAAUGCUGGGCUUCCAUAAAAAGGCUUACCUUCCUUUGGUACACAUCAGUUGUUCUUUCUUUUAGUGCUGCUGUUUGGCUUUCCAAUAAAGUCUCCUGCUCUCAA